AUGUCUCGAACUCUGAUGGAUGAGGUGUUGGAAUAUUCCAUUAGCUACGACUCGCACUCAUUUACUCAAGGAUUCCUUGGGGCAUUUAGGCCUUUUUGUCCCUUGUGGUCCAACAUGAAGCUUUUGUUGCCACCGGCCCCUCCAACGCUGGGCACUGACCUCUAUUUCUUCCAUCUAGCUCCUCUCCUCACAUUUAACAGUGAGAUCGACCCCGUGAAUUUCACGUUGAUGGACGGAUCUUGCCUUCCUCGCUCUCCAACAGAGAGUGAGCGUGCUGCAUUAUCCCAACUCUUCCCGUCGCAGCUUGGAUUCGGCGUGGAUGGUCCGUUCCUUGUGGUCUAUGUAAAGGAGCUGCCGGCCAAGCCCUGGCCUCGCUUUGUUGCCGGUCUUCUUCUAUAUCUCACGACGACGCCGUUCGCGUCCCCACUACCUGUAGGCAGCAUAGGAAUUGUCAGAUGGAGUGCUCUUCGUGACCUUGACGCGACAAGGACCUCCUCUGAAGCGUUGUACCAUGCGGUUAUUGAUUUCUUUGAAAACGAGGGAGUCCAAAUCCAGGAAAUCCAGUGGUUUUUUGGCUGCUGGAGGAUUGUCUUGCCUGAAAACACAGAAAUAUCCAAACUUCCAGGAAAACUUUGUCGUGUUGCUGCAUUCUACUUCUCCAAAGGUACCAGUCAUAAUGUUCCCCGAUCCGAGCUCGCACGACGCACUAAGCAGCCAGCAUGA